AUCACCUUUAACUGACGGCUGUUUUCAAGAUUAAAUUAUAGGAACAUGGAGACAGCUUUCGUUGUCCAGCCCUAUCCAGAAGUAUGAUUGGAGCAUCCAGUCUCUCUGGGGACACCUUGAUAGCCUGCCACUUCCCUGUGGUGCAGCUUUCCACUUGGCAGCUUCCUGUCCAGGCCCUGUGCAGCUCUGCCAAGAGGCCCGGCCGGCUGUGCUCAGCAGGCCUGACUCGGGCCGUGUCCCUCCCAGAGCAAGAGUCGAUAAACUGUGAGCAUGCCUUCACCGGUGACCGGAGACAUUUUUCCAGCAGCUACAGCAGCCUCAACGAGGACCGGACGGAAGAGGAGGGAGGCAGCGACGGAAGCUGGAAGUACGAAUCCACCUCGUCGCCCGAAGAGACGAGUUCCCACCAGAAGAAGGAAAGCUCCGUGCCUAGAAGCAAUGUCCGGUCACGCAACUCCUUCCGUCCCUGUACAGAGCUAAAUGAGGACGAAGAGGAUGAAGACAGCGACGGAGAUAAUCUGCACAGAUAUCACGAGGACUCUUCGUUCGUGCUGCAUGGAAAUUCCAAUUGGCCGCUAAGUAAUGUCGCCACAAAUUACCCAAUAUACCCAAUGCCCCACGGGAACCUGGACAGUGAAUGGGGCAAUGAGGGAACUAUGCUGGUUAGUGAGAGUGAUCAGGAGUGGCUCUCUAACCAGUCCAACCAGAUGGACUCACUGCCACCUGAAUGCCAGUGCUGUCACAUGAGCAGAUCUGGCAUCACGAUGUUGGCUUGUUUGGAGAAGGACUCAGACAGACUGGAGGAUAACAUGUCCUGCUGCCUCCACGGCCAACACAAAUGUUCCCCAGAGCUUCUUUCCAACAACCACACGGAGUAUGUCAGUGACUCUUCCUGUAACAGUUCUGACGGCGUCUUGGUUAACUUCUGCACUAUGUACAACAGGAGCAACAAUCCUGCCACACCUCAUGAUCUCAGCAGUCCUGCAGCUCACCCCUCUGGGUCAUCAGAGGGGUGUGUAUUCCUCAACCUCCAACCUGUCCCCCAAAGUCAGAAUGAAGAAGUCAAACUUGAUAGCAUGACGGUUUACUCUCCUCCGAAAGAGGAGGUUGACAUGCUGCUUUCUGCUUCCCGCCUGUCCCCUCGGGGCCUUGACUCUAACUGCAAUCUGUACUCACUAGAGGAGCUACCCGCGGGUCUCUCCUCUUUAGAGGUAUCAGACCUGACUGCCUGUCUUCAAAGCCAGGCCACACUGGCCAUGGGGACCAACCAGAAGUACUACAAGCUUGUGACUUGUGACCUCUCUUCCCAGUCACCCAGCCCGGCCUGGUCCAGUGUCACCGGCUGCCCCGAAGGUCAGAGCAGAGGCAGCCCCUUCCUUCUCAGUUUUGAUCAGAAGAAAGAAGGACAGCAGAAUGAAAUUGAUAAGAUCCAAGAUUACCAGGUUGCAACCACCUCCACUGACAAAGCCCUCUGCAGAAAGAAACAGGCAGAUAGCAUCCAGAACCUCUCCCACACGCCUUGCUCGCUGUGCCCCAGCCAGUGUGGCCCACAUAGCAGUAAAUGCCAAGACGCAAGAGUGGCAACCACACAGCCAUCUGUGAUGCAGGACCAGGAGCACAACUAUCCUUGUGAUACUGAGAAGGGACCAAGUCCAGAUGUGGUGCGCUACAGUAAAGCCCAGAGGCCAACCUCGCUGCCCAUCCAGCCCUUUGUUCUGGUUCCUGCAGGAAAGCCGCAGCCGCCGUCCCAGCCCCUUGGCUGCCUGCUAGAGCAGUAUCUAAAUAAAAAGAGCAGUAAGACUGCUAACAUGCAGCCGGCCUUCAGUUUCAAAGGCAAAAGCAGCCAAAGUUUUUCAGAUUUUCACCCAUCACCGACAGACAACCACUGCUCCAUCUUCCUAGAGGCUCCUUCUAGCUCUGAUACCUGCUCCACCUGCACACCAAGCCCAGAGUGCUUCAUCCGCACGCAUUCAUGGAAUCAGUUGGGUGAAAGCCAAGACUGCACCGGUCCAUGCACGUCAAACAGCAGCCUGGAUUCACAUCAUACUAGUUGUCCCACAGAGGCCCAAGAGCAAGACAAAGCAGGCCCACAUUCAGGCCAAACUCAGACUAACACUUUGCUUAGUCUUGUCUCGGCUCCGAAUCGAUCCAGUCUCGUUAGGAUUCCCACCUACCAGGACUUGAUCAGUCUCACCUUUGAGCAAAGCCAAGUGCGCGCCGAGCCUAAAAGUGCUAAUCAUUCCCUUAACUACACCACCUAUCAUUCAAUAUUGUCUCAAAACCCACCCACUUUAACCAUCACCACUGACACCCACCACCCAAACUCGCAGGUGUCUGUUUCUCCUCCCAAAACCUCACUGCCACAGGAAAAGCUCCCACAGUGUGGAGCGGCACCUGCAGCUGACUCAGGCUUUUUUCACUCUAGUUUCACAGCUGCCCUCUCCUCAGUGGCUCCUCUCUCCUCUCUGAGUUCUCUCCUCUCCUUGGCCGCUUCAGGGCUGCAAAUCCAGGACUCUGCUGGACACAGUUUGAAGCCAAAUCAGAGUCAUCACAGUGAGUCUCUGAUCCUGAGCGACAGGCCGCCCACAGAGUUCAACCUCUCACCCGAUACGUCUUAUGAGUCCAUGUCUAUCAGCCAUCUUCAGAGGAGAAGGUUGCUGAGGUCUGUGAGCAGGGCGGUGGAUCUGAUUAUGGCUCAUUUUGGCAGCAGCAGCGAUCCUGAAGAAAAGAUGCGCCUGGGGAACAGUUCUUACAGUCCUACAAUCGCUGGUCUGGUCCUGGAACACUUGUGUCCAACGAUCCAGGAUAUUCUAGAGGACGGUCUUAGGGAUCACAAACUGGAUUUUAUAAUCGGACAACGCCGCAAUCAUGCCUGGAGUGUGGUCGAAACCUCUACUAGGAUUGGUCCAUCCACCAGAGUUCUUCACAGUCUUGUUUCCAAAAUCAGACGCUGUCCCCAGCUCACCAGCCACUGCAUGAAACUGAGAGCCUUCAUCAUGGGCCUGCUUAACUUGAGAGCUUUGGAGUUCUGGCUCAGUCAUCUUCAGAGUCAAAAAGAUGUUGUGAAAACCUACUACCAUUCUUGGGGGUUCCUGUCUAUGUCCCUGGGUCGCUGUCAUCCUUUGUUUCAGGAGCUGCUUCUUCUCCUGCAACCACUCUCUGUGUUGCCCUUUGACCUCAACUUGCUUCUGGAGCCCCGACUGUUACGCCACAGACAGCUGUGGUCAGAGGAGCAGGCUCUCUCCCCACCUCAACCGUGCUCAGCGCUUUUAGCAACCAGCUGGCCAAGACUGCAAGGCGACAAAAAGGAAGGCAUCAGCUACUACAGUCAGAUUUCACACCAGAUUGAUUUGCACCGCCAAGAGUCUCUCAGCUCUCACAGUUCAAGCUGCAACAAGCAACAGUGUGGUUGUAUGCAGACCAGCAGGAGUCCAGUGUUAGCUCCUAUUCCAGAGUGGUGUCCUAAGGAGCCUGACGUUGUGGAUGGAAUGGAGGACUGUAGCCAAAAUCAUACAGAUACUUGGUUUCAAAUAAGUAUGGACAACAAGAAAGAAGAAACAAAGGUGGAAAAAGACUGUGGCAUCUCAAAUCCACCUACUACCGAACAGGCACAAAGUCCUUGUUGGGGUGGGCUUCGCUGGGCUAAACUGUUUGGAGCAACUGGUACUUCAUCCACACUGGGAGCAAUUUCUCAGAGUCACACAGGAGCACACACCACAAACCACAGGCGACCAUCACAGUGGCUACGUUUGGACCGAUCACAGCUUGGACUCUUGGCUCAAUCCAUCAGGUCCAUGAAGCUAGGAGGAGCUCAAGCAGACAAGGACUGCUGAAAACUAAACCCUCCAUGGGGGAGAGCCAGACUGCAGAUUAUUUACUGUAAGAACAAAGGUCUUAACUGGAUGAAAGUGCAGCGCUUAGCCAUGCUGCUGCAGAACUGAGAAGAAAGCACAAAAACGCAAGAUUAACAGCUUUGGCUCUUACUCAGCAAGCUUUGCAUUACACCAAAUGUUGUGAAUCAAAGCAAUGUUUUUGUGUUCUUGCUGAGUACCUGUUAAAUAUCAGCUUAUCACCAUGUUGUGCUUUUAAAACAAAUUAGCGCUAUGGACAGGGGAGGGUGUAGCAUCACAAAGUGUAGCAUAACAGCAAAAAAAGACUAGUUUAAGUGGCAGAUCUUCACAUCAGACUAAUAAUGUGUCAAUGUAUAAAUUAAUUGUCCAUGUAUGCAGAAACAUGUGUUACAUAUAGUAUUCAUGAAAUUAUAAAUGUCAGGAAAAGACCUAGUGAUACUGAUAUAAUAGCUCUCUAACUAGUCACUCAAAUUGGAUUAGAUAUGCACUCACUUCAUAAGCUAGACCUGUUCAACUGCUUGUUGAUGCACAUCUAAUCAGUUAGUCACAUGGUAGCAAUCCAAUGCAUUUAGGCAAGUAUACAAGGUCAAGAUGACCUGCUGAAGUUCAAACUGAGCAUGAAAAUAGUUGCUUAAUGGGCUAGGCUGGGUAAUUUAGGAACCGGUUUACAGUUUCUAAAAUACAGAGAAUGGUCAAAAAAAGGCCAGGUGAGCAUGGCCAUACUACUUUGAGCUGAUAGGAAAGUAACAGUGACUCAAAUAAGCAUUUGUCACAAUCAAGGUUUGCAGAAGAGCAUGAACGCACAGCACAUCAAACCUGGGACCUUGACACUCCUGUCCGCAAAAUUGGAAAACGAGAUCUGAAAAACACUGCCUUGUCUAAUGAGUGUCGAUUUCUGUAGGGUCAGAACUUGGCGUAAAUAACAUGAAGCAUGGAUUCAUGCUGCCUUGAAUCAACAGUUCAGGUUGUUGUUGUUGUGAUGGUGUGGGGGAUAUUUUCUUAGCACACUUUGGGCUCAGGAGUAACCGAGCAUCAUUUAAACACCACAGCCCACCUGAGUGUUGUUGCUGAUGACGCCCAUCCCUUUAUGACCUCGUUAUGAUUCAAAUCAUGGAUGUGCAGCUGAAAAAUCUGCAUCCGUAGUCAUGUUGAUAUGAACUAAAAUUUCCAAGCAAUGUUUACAGCAACUUGUUGAAUCUAUGCCAUAAAGAAUAAAGGCUGUUCUGAAGUCCAGGUUCAACCCAGUGUAGCAAGGUGUGUGCAUGUGCAGUGACAAACCUUCUAAGAGCCAGUUAGUGUGUUUAUAACCUGCAGAUGGUUGCUCAGUAGGUUGCUUAGUCUGAGGUUUCAAAAAGGGAGUACAGCAAUUGGUUCUUUUUUUUCUGUGUAGUUUUGUAAUUUGUGCCAUAAGUUGUCAGAUAUGACUUGAUGAAUAUAAUCAGGCUAACAAAAAUACAAAUCUAUUUAAAAAAAGAUGGGAAGCCAUAUAAAAUCUUAAAAAACCCCCAAUAACAAACAAACAAACAAACAAACAAACAAAAAACAGGAAUAAAAUUACCUGCAAACAAUUUAGCCCAUCAUUUACCAAAAAGUAGAAAAAGACAGCAUCAAAUAUUGAAAAUGGUAAGUAAUUGGUUUUAAGCUAAUUUUUAAAAUUUGAUGCCAGUAACACUUUUCAGAAAAUAGGGGACAAAACAAAACAAAAAUAAGCACUUUGUGAACCAUCUUUGCAGUCUAACGUGAUUAAAUGAUAAAAAAGAGCAUCAUAGAGGCGCUGUCUGUCCGAAGUAAAGAUGGUACUGGUGAUCUUUGGGCCCUUGAGGGGCAGCAUUCGCUUUCAAGAACAUCUCGACCGUCAUUUUCUCGGAAGAUUAAACUGAUAUCAGGACGUCAGCACCUGAUAUGCACAUGUUCCAGCAUCAUGGCUGUAGUAGAGACUGGGAGGUUUCUGUGUAAAUACAACAUAUGACACAGGGUGCCACACACAGGGUUCUCCUGCAAGGCGAUGUCAUUCAUACAAUGUGAAUCUGUUGUAGACAGAUGUUCAAAACUUCCCGUUUCUCACAUUACGUUCCGUCAUUGUCAUUUUAUUGAUGAAAAAAAGAAAGAAAAAAAAGAAAUAGGUGCUUAUCAGUGCCAGAUACGCCACACACACACUCACACACACCAGCCUCCUGUAGUAGAUUGUCUGUGAUGGUUUUAUUCCCAGUAACUUGCCUUUCUUCUCCAUAUUCACAGCAUGGAUUUAUUGUAAAUGCAUGUCGAGUCAGCAAAAGUACAGAAGGUCGUCCUGUCUUCAUUGGAUCUCUCAACUUCCUUUCGCUGCUUUUCUCCCCUUUGACGUUUUUACAGGUGCAGAUUUUGUUCUGGACAUUUUCUGGCAUGGAACUUUUAAAUGUGUAGAGCUGUUUGGUUAAUACUGUAGCAUGCCUUCAGGUCUUCCAGUGAUGUUAACCACAUAAGCCACCUUGUGGCCGUUUCAGGUAUUUAACUGUGUGUCAGGUAUACUUUGAUUGACUGGUAUUGAUAUAAGAUGGAAGAAAAUAGAGGUAAAUGUGACUUUCAUUGAAUAGUAUGAGGUCUGUUAAGUUUUUCCUUCCUCCUAUAGUUUCUCUUUUCCCCCGAAUGCUUCCUCCAAUGCCCAGUGACAAUCAACCUGUUAAUAAAGACUUGACAUCUUCACAUGUA